GAACUUUUUAUAUAGGCUUUUUUUUGGUGGUGAAGUUUUCUCGCUUCGCCGAAAAAUUCACAAGGGGGGCGGGUGGCUUGGGGGAACAACGGGAAAUAUUCAACCAACACUCACUGCCAGCGAGUCAGCGACUGCCUGACUAAGUCCUCCACCACCACCAACGCACGCCUGCCCCCAAUCCACAUCACAGUCGUCGUCCAUCUUCCUCCAUCCACCCUCCAUCCUCCAACCUCACCUCACCUCACCUCACCUCACCUCACCUCUCAACUUUCCCGCUCCUCUCUCUCGCCCUCCAUCUCCCCCCCAUCCCCCCAUCAUCCUCUCCCCUUCUCCCAUCCUCCUCCUCCUGUUCUCUCCCGCCUACCUCACCUCUCGCCUCCUCCGUCAACCUCUUCACCCGUCGCGAGCUACCACCUCCACCUAUCUCUCUCACCGACUCGACUUCCGCGUUCCACCCUCCACCCUCUGCGCUCCGCGCUCCGCUCUCCGCACUCCGCCAUCGUCACUUUCACCCUCUACCUCGCCGAAUCCGCGUCGUAUUCCACCUCACUUCCUCACCUUUCCGCUUGUUUUCUUUGGCGUGCGACCUACCUUUGUUCCUGCUUACCUCUUUGAUUGCGUUUAGAUCCUCCUAACGAACAGAAAGCAAUUUCUGCCUCUACGAUCGGGAUCAAAAGUUAUUCGCCUUCGCAAAAAAAAGGAAAAAAUUGCGUUGAAAAUAUCUCCCCACACCGCCAUCAAUUAUAUCCCUCCUCACUCCAAUCCCAUCCUAGCUUCUUUUUAGCAUUUUCAAAAUGGCAAACAACGAAUCUCGUGACGCCGCCCCGGCUGUGGUCGAUGAAGUAAUGACAGACUAUAGCCGCAACGAUCAGGGCGAAGCUGACGGCCCCCCUAAGACUGAAGAGGAAUACGCUCAGUCUACACUGACCCUUCGCGCCAUUGUUUCUUCAAAGGAAGCUGGUGUGAUUAUUGGCAAAGCUGGCAAGAACGUGGCAGACCUGCGUGACGAAACUGGUGUAAAAGCUGGCGUGAGCAAGGUCGUACAAGGUGUCCAUGAUCGAGUUUUAACCGUCACUGGUCCUCUUCAAGGUACCGCUAAAGCAUAUGCCAUAGUCGCCAAGGGUUUGCUUGAAGGUGCUCCUCAGCUUGGAAUGGGUGGUGUGGUUUCGAAUACCGGUACCCAUCCUGUUCGCCUUCUUAUAUCUCACAAUCAAAUGGGCACAAUCAUUGGCCGCCAGGGCUUGAAGAUCAAGUAUAUCCAAGACGCUUCUGGAGUCAGGAUGGUCGCACAGAAGGAGAUGCUCCCACAGUCAACUGAACGGAUCGUUGAAGUUCAAGGCACACCCGAAGGAAUCGAGAAAGCCGUGUGGGAAAUCGGCAAAUGUCUUAUAGAUGACUGGCAACGCGGGACUGGGACUGUUCUCUACAACCCCGCUGUUCGCGCAUCCGUUGGCGGAGGCCCCAUGAAUAAUUCGCUCGGAUCUGGAACCGCUGCAGGCGGUUACGGUGGACGCUCUUACAACCGUACUGGAAAUGGUGCUGAUUUUAGCGACCAAACCGGUGGCUAUAACCGACGCUCGAACUCCGAUGCAGCCAACCGCGGCAUCCCGCUUGUAACUGAAGACGGAGAGGAGGUCCAAACACAGAAUAUCAGCAUUCCUUCCGACAUGGUUGGCUGCAUUAUUGGCCGAGGUGGAAGCAAAAUCAGCGAGAUUCGAAGGAGCUCCGGCGCCCGUAUUUCCAUCGCCAAAGCCCCACACGACGAGACUGGUGAACGUAUGUUUACAAUCAUGGGCAGCGCAGCAGCUAACGAAAAAGCCCUCUACCUCUUGUACGAGAACCUGGAAGCCGAGAAAAUGCGCCGCAGCCAGCAACCGCAGGAGUGAAGCAGCCCCACUUCGCCCGAGUAGGGUUCAUGGUAGCAGUGCGUCCAGAUGUUGCGUGACAGUGCGGGUGUCUUUAUACUGUCGAGGCAGACUGUGGAUUACAUUAGGCAAUCAUCAGUGUCGCUAUUCCCCUAAGUCUCAAACCCACAGAUCCGCCAAACCUCCGGUUUCUUUUAGUCAUUAUAUCCCGUACCCGAUACCCAAACGAUUCUCCCUUGCUCAACAGUGGUGUUGUCAUGGUAUAACGAACUGGACUUCUUGGGCCUAUCGACCUCGACCGUCACAGACCGCUCCGCUUCAGUACUCCUGAACUCUCCAAGAUCUUCAUUUCCCGCCCCGUUUCUCGCAAUGUACUGGAUUAUUCUUCUUAAUCUUACCUACUCUUACCAGUCUCUCUUAUCCAUGUUUCCCCCUUGAACUCUUAUUUUCCGUGCGCCUUAACUCCAAGUUUCAUUAAAAUCCGUACCUUUUAUCCUUCUUCCCCGCUUAAAAGUCGCGUCAAUUGUUUACGUCACAUCAACGAUGAAUCCCGAAUCACACAAAUACCAAUCCUUCAAAAACACUGAUGUCUCCAUUGAAAACUUAUUUUUCUCCCUCGAUUCUUCUCCGUUUCUUCCAUCAUGCCAUUCAUGUAUUCCUUUUUACCGCCUUCGUCCUUGUUCUCGUCCCUCCCAAAUGGCAUUCUAUUCAUCCGCAAGAAAAGAAAAAAAAAUCUCACACGCGCAAAACUGAAAGCUCCCCAUGAUUCUACGCUACGUAUACAUGGCUAAUGUCCCUUUCCAUGUGCAAUCCGCUUUUGUUCUUCAGUAUAUCAACUUCAGAGACAACUCUACCAAAUUGAACCACACACGCAGCUGCUGCACGCAACAUUGUUAAAGGUGGACAGAUAAAUGGACCUUUGAGGACGUCCUCCCGCCCUCUCUUUCCUAUCUAUCAAUUUGUGUCUUGAAGAAAGAGAGAGGAGCCGCGAGCAAAUUAAAAAUGAGAUUUGAUGUCUUCAUUAUAAUACUAUAAAAAAAGUAGCCAAAAAAACUAAGAAUUAAAAACAUUAUCUAUCAAAAACUGAUGCCUUCUCAUUCUGUGUCCAUCAUCUAAGAUUACUUGAAAUGUGAAAACCAAACUGAUGAACAAUUUCCUAGAAAUUCUUUCAUUACUGAUAAGUAAAAGAAGGUGCACUGUUCAUUUCAUUCAGACCAAGAUGAAUGCACACAACUUUAGACACUCAGCAUCCUGUAUCACUGCAAAAACAUUCUUAACAGAGGCAGGUUACAUAUUUUAUCUAACUUUCUCAAUAUCAAAAUUUCUAAAGCUAAACAUUGGGUCACAUUACCUUGCUAAGGAGUCGAACCUCCCCAUUAUUGAAUCUUCACCACUUGUCACACUCAGACACACUUGAAACCACCACAGCUGCGUGUGAACGAAACGGGAUUCUUGGUGUGUGGAGAACAUGGUCCAAGGACUUUCACAGCAUCUCAGUGUUAUGAAUACAGGGAGCCCAGACAAAUGAAUGAACCCAAUGCAGCACUCUGGCAUUCCCUCAUCUUCAAAAACAAAGGGCAGAUAACCCAACUGAUGGGGAAAUUUUUCCUCUCUGAGUAACAGCCAGAGAGCAAUGUUGAUUUCCAGCGUACUUUGCGAUGGGGGUACCACUUCAAAAGGCUGCGUGCCUGCUCAACUGUCAGCAACUAUGAGCAACUGUACAAUUCGAAAUGGAUUCUCAUAUGGGCUCCCAACGUACCUACGCUGUCUCUCUCUCUCUCUCUCUCUCGCUCUCUCCCACUUGCCUCAUCAAAUGAAAUACAUGAACCAUCCCUACAUCCUCACGCGGGAGCCCCCAAGAACCACACCUUCCUCCAACAACGACAUUCCCCCUCACGCCUGUCAUCCUUCUGCUCAGCGGAGCCGCGAGCGCCUUUGCCUUACCCACUGAGCCUUAGUGUGCUAAAAUAUGCAAGGCAUGCUUUUCCUCUGCCCGAUGGGGCGGGAUACUUAGGGAAUUGGGUGAAGGCAUGAAAAAGCGUUGGCGGAUACUUUAAGAGAGUUCGCAGGGCGUAGUUAUUUCAUAUAUCCGUUCUAGCCGGGGGGGAAUUGGAGAUGGCUCCAUGUUGCUUCAACCAAUCUGAGCUAGGCACGCGGGGGCUUUUGUGAUUGGUGGGGGGGAUGGAUGAUUUGGGCGUCUAUUUGGCAGUUAAACGGACAUCAUCAAGAGGGCGGAAUAUCUGAUCCGGUUUGAUCACGAAGAGAGGGUUUUAUUUCUCUUUUGCAGAAGUCGGGUCGGAAAUAGGAGAUCAUAGAGAAGUUUCAGUUGGGAGUUAACCCCGACCGCGAGCGCUUGAUACAAUCCAUCACUUCGUAUCCGUGAAUUGCUCAUGGCCCCGUUUAUUCUGUAACUACUCCGCAUGUUGCUGUCAUUACCUUG